CAUCAAUAAUGGAGUCUCUUCUUCAAACUCGUGUUUGUUUUGUGUUUUUCUCAUUAGUUUUAACACUCUAUCUGUUUAUCUUCUUCCUGUUACUCCAUUUACGGAGGAGGAAGGUUUUAUGCAAUUGUGAAAUUUGCUAUGCAUAUCUUUCAUCAUCCUGGUCCAAAGAUUUCAACAAUCUUUGUGACUGGUACACUCAUCUUCUUCAGAAAUCUCCAUCUCAAACCAUUCGGAUUCAUGUUCUUGACAACACAAUCACCGCGAAUCCUGAAAAUGUCCAACACAUUCUCAAAUCCAGAUUCGAAAACUAUCCGAAAGGGAAACCAUUCUCCAUGAUUGUUGGUGAUCUUCUCGGAAAGGGAAUUUUCAAUGUUGAUGGAGAGUUAUGGCAUUUUCAGAGAAAAGUUGCCAGUUCGGAACUCGCUAGCUUUUCCAUUCGAACUUAUGCGUUUGAAAUUGUCACCAACGAGAUCAAAUCUCGACUGCUUCCAUUUUUAUCAUCAAUUGCUGUAAAAGAUAGUAGCAAUGUUGUGGAUUUACAAGAAGUUUUUCGACGAUUUUCGUUCGAUAAUAUUUGCAAGUUUUCCUUCGGUUUAGACCCUUGUUAUCUCGAAUCCUCAUUGCCAAUUUCUGUGUUUGCGAAUUCCUUUGAUCUUGCAUCGAAAUUAUCCGCCGAGAGAGCAAUGGUGGCAUUGCCAUUAGUGUGGAAGAUCAAGAGGCUGUUAAACGUUGGCACGGAGAAAAAACUCAAACAGGCGAUUAAGACUCUGAAUAUUCUUGCCAUGGAGGUGAUUAUGCGGAAAAGGAAACUAGGAUUUUCCACACAGAAAGAUCUUUUGUCAAGAUUCAUGACUUGCAUCAACGAUGACAACCACUUGAGGGACAUUGUUAUAAGCUUUAUUUUGGCAGGGCGUGACACAAUGGCCUCAGCAUUGACAACAUUCUUCCUGCUACUAGCACAUCAUCCACAGGUCAUGUUGAAAAUUCGGGACGAAUCAGAGAAAUUCAUACCGCCAAAUCAAGACCUUGCCAGCUAUAAUCAAAUCAGGGAAAUGCACUAUUUACAUGCUGCAGUGUAUGAGAGUAUGAGACUGUAUCCACCGGUACAAUUUGACUCGAAAUUCGCUCUAAACGACGAUGUUCUAGCGGAUGGAAUGUUUGUCAAGAAGGGAACUAGGGUUACAUAUCAUCCUUAUGCAAUGCGGCGGAUUGAAAAAAUUUGGGGUCAAAAUUGUAUGGAAUUUAGGCCUGAAAGGUGGCUGAAUUGUGGUACAUUUUGUCCUCAAUGUCCUUAUAAAUAUCCAGUUUUUCAAGCCGGGUCUAGGGUUUGUUUGGGCAAGGAAUUGGCAUUGGUGGAGAUGAAAAUGGUUGCCCUCUCCGUGCUUCGCAAAUUUGAUUUUGAACUUGUUUCUCCUGGGGCUGCACCUCAAUUUGAUCCUGGGCUCACUGCUAUGCUAAGGGGAGGGCUUCAGGUGGGAGUUAAAAAUCGGUAAUUCAGUAUCUGGGGUGCAGAUAAUUAACUAUUGUUAAAAACAUGGAUGAUACUUUUUUUAUCAAAUGAUGAUAACGUUAUUGAGUUGGUAUCAAAACAGUUCCUCGGAUUUUAGCAAUUUGUUGUGUGAAAUUGUCUCGAUGCAAUAUGGUCGCUGGGGGUGAUGUGCAAGAUCUAUAUAUACCAGGACUUAUAUGAGAUUGAGAAUUGAGUUAAAUAUAUAGGUGAAGAGUCACAUGAAAAUGUGUUAAAAUGGUAUGUUUCAGGAGUCAUGUGGGUGCAGGUUGAAGAUGACUUCUGACCAGUGGAUACAAUUAAUUGUGAUUUCUUAGAAGAAAAAUGGAGUUUGACUGUUCCAAAAAGAAAAAGAUUCAAAGCGAAAAUUGGAAAUGGUCUGGCAUGAAGAGAUUCGAAGUUUCUUGUAAGUGUAAUUUAUUUCAAUUCUGCAGCUUAAUUUAAGAUUUGUUGAUUUUUGUGCCAGAUUGAGAG